AUGGCAGAAUCGAAGCGAGCCAGGUUCCUCCCACAACAAUGCCCACACCAUUCUCAAAAGGCUCACCAAGAUGACCUCCUUCAACCGCACUCAUACAACAUCAACGAUGUCGCCAUCACCUUAUCCGAAAGUGUUUUGGGCCCGGUCCAGUGGAACACGUGCGAGAAGUCGCUGAAGAACAGUGUCGCCCGCGUUUUAUCCGAUCAAGGCACCGAAACGGAUCCGAAUAUCGUUUCACCCGGCACGAUUUUCUCCCUCAUGAAGGCCAUCGAUGAGUUGUGCCUUUUGGGCGUGCUCUUCCCGACAUCUCAGAUCAAUCACGUGUCCCACCCCGUACUUCUAGAAGUCGGACAAGCACGGGGUCGUGUAGGUUGGACGCAGCCUCUCCGGGGUAACAAGUCGUCUGGGGGUCCCAGCAUCGCGAUCCGUCUGAGCACGGUCCGCUACCACCUCGACGGCACGAGGACGCAACUACCACUCAGGGAGCUUGUUCAAAUUGCGGUCCACGAGAUGGUGCAUGCGUAUCUGAUAUUGUUCUCCUGCCGCCGGGAGCAGUGUGAGGUUGACUUUGACGUCAUGCAUCGCAACGCGGACGGCGGCGGACACGGCCUGGCGUUCGUCGCGCUGCUGAAGGCCGUCGUGUGCCAGAUCCAGAGCUGGGCGCCCGGGCUGGGGGACUUUGGGCUGACGGACGAGGCAAUCCACCCGUACGAGGACUUUGGGCUCGAGCUGUGGAAGAGAGGGGACAGGAUCUCGUCCCGGAGCAAGGGGCAGCGCGUUUGGUGGCUUGCUGCGAGGCCGAUGUGA